UUGAUCGAGCAAGUUCAGGGUCGUUACCAAAAAAAUGUAGAUUUUUAACAAAGAAAAUAAUAAUUUUGCAUAUUUAAUAGUGCGUAAAUUCUAAAAUAAAUAGCUAGAUGUACUUUUCUACUACUAUUCCGUUUAUUCCGCAAUAAUUUAAAAUGUAUAGCAGAACUAAAAUAUAUUGUGGGUGUACCAGUGGCCUGGUAUGCAGAUUUUUAAGUUCUGCAGAAGUGUCUACUGCUCUACGACCUUUUUACUUCAGCGUUCAUCCAGAUCUAUUUGGAAAAUAUCCAGAACAAAGGAAAAUCAAUGAAAAUUCCUUACAACAGCUGAGUGCACUUAUCGAAGCCCAACAAUCUAGCAAAAGAAUUUCGGUUCCACCAUUAUCAUUCUAUGUGAGACAAAAGGAUAAACCUGAUGGUGAAUUCAAGCUCAUAAAAAUUCAAUUAAAUAGCAAUAAUGUACGAGAAACAGUUGUAAAAGUUCUCAACGCCUGUGAUAUCUCUACCAAGUACAUUGAUAAGAUACCUGAUAGGCCAAAAGUAUCUAACUUCAGCAAAACCUUUGGUAAUAGAAAGUAUGACUAUGCAUAUGAACAAUAUGAAAAGGAAUUUGAUGUGGGUCGAAUCAAGAGGAAAGUAGUAGAAAAAAAAUUCAGUGCUAAUGUUGUUGAAUGGGUACAUGCAAACAGCAGAGAUGCAAAAAAUAAAUAUGAGUCAGCAGCAGCAACAAGGGAGCAAGUGCAAUCUCUAAUAAACAACCUUUGCAAAACUUAUGGUAUUAAACAAGUGAAAUUCGACAGUGGUUGGAAUAUGAGCCAUAUAAGAGGCGCAUUGCAGAGUUUAGACGCCCUGGCUUCACAGCAUCCGAACAUUAUGACGAAUUUAGAAGGUAGGACAAUAGCUUUGGGACAGUUUACUGGGGUCAGUCUAGAUGGCGAUGUGUUCCUCAAUAUUAUGGAUGUACGAAAUGAAUGGAUGUCGUUAAUAAAGAAAGUUAGUCAAGAGGACAGUGCCUUAAUAAUGAUACCAAAUUAUGAGAAAGCAUUGUCUAGUAUUUUGAGGGAUAUACACAUACGGCGAAGGAAAUUUAUGCCGAAAGUGUCGGCAUAUCAGUACUGCAGUCAUUUGAGACAGUUGAUCACUUCCAUAGGCGACUUCUAUGGUCGUGGUUCAAAAUUCCCGCCGGGCGUACCUGAAUCUCUGCAGAAAUACGAAAUUGUUAUUGAACCGGAAGCAGGUCCACUAAUGGUAUCGCCUACCGGACAGUUCAUCACACCAUCUUCUUGUCCAGCUGAAGAGCUUGUGGCUUUCAUUGCCAGUCAUUUAGAUGAAGCUACGCUUUUGAUGACAGAAUAUAGCAUUAAUAAGCAUGUGGAGAAGGCACUUCAUAAAGAAGUUGUCAAAAGGUUUGGUCUACUGGACCUACGAAAGGAUGACAGCAUCACACCAGCGUAUAUGAUUUCAUGCUGCCAGAGGUUGCUGACGCGAAGUGAACAGUUACACGCGAAACUUCACGGUACAGUGCUCUACAUAACGCAUUACUACUCUGUUUUAUCGGAAGGGAUAUUGUGCAUACCCUGGAAUUUUCAAUCAUGAGUUACGUUGUCUAGUGUAAAUAUGUUGUAGAUAAAAUAAAACUUAGAUCAAUCAAUUUAUUUUUAUAUAUUUUUCAUUUAGAAUAUGUACACGUCUAAUCUCGUAUCUUGAAAUGCUCGAAUUUAGUUGAAUGUAUAGAAAAGGAAUAUAUUUUUAUACACUUCAGUGAGUAGAAUAGAAUUGGCAAAUGUAUAUACAAAUAAUGCAAAUUCGAAUAAGUGUUUGUAUUUACACAUUGCAUAUUUCAAAAAUGUGAUGUUAUGUAAAGUAGUUUAGUGAAAGUAGAAUAGAAAUAGAAUGCAUAAUACAAACUAUUAUGGCUACAUGGUUACUUCAAUAAACAACAUUAGAUAUCUUAUAAAGAUGAAUAAUAAAACUGAAUUGAUAACUGCAAAUAAAAGUAUGUACAAAUA